CGCAAUAGAGCCCUAGGGCCACGCGGCCUCAUUGGCCGGGGGGCCGUGACGUCACGCCGGGGCCCCGCCCGCAGACCCUGCGGAGGGUGACUUCUGGACUCGGUGGGUCCCAGGCCUGUCACACCUGCGACCUGCUUUGCCAUGUGCUGGGUGGGGAGAGGAGGAAGGGACAGUCUGCAGCUUGGGGGAAGGGGGAAGCUCCAUCCUGAAAUGCUGUGGGGACACUGUGAGUGUGAUGCAGGAGAAAGUUCCCAGCCGGGGAUGGUGACACGCUGGGUGUAGACCCCACUGGCCGGAGCCCCGCCUGCGGUCUGGCCCCAAGUGUCUGCUGCUCCCUGUAGAGAGAGAAUAGCAGGUGUGUGAUCUGUGGGUCUCUGGAGGAAGGGGGACCCCCUGUUCCCACAGAGCCAGCCCCCUCUCACUUCACGUUUGGAGACCUUGGUGUCCACGCCCCAACCUCCCCCCAGUGACAUUUCUCUCCCAACCCAGGACCACCAACCACACUCAGGACCAGGGGCAGACGGGCACCGUGCUGGCUUGUGCCAGUGUAGCCUGCGGCUCUGUCCGCAGUACCCCGCACCUGUGACCAACUGGUGGGUGGGGUGGGCUGGGGCUAGGCUGCGCCCAGGGUCACAGGGGUCAGAUAGAGCUUGCUUGGGCGUCUGAUGGAAGCCUCCCCAUCUGACAGCUGAGGUGACCCAGUGCAGGUGCGAAAAAGUUGCUGGCCAACCAAGUGCAUGCUGAAUCUAAUUUCCUGUUUGAUAAUGCAAAGAUCAGUGGUGUCUUUGGCCCACACUCUGGAACCCCAGAAGGCUGCUAGGCACCUCACAGGGCUGGGGGCAGCCCUGUGGCCACCUCACUCCCAAAGCUGGGCUGUCCCAAAUGCUAGUUGGAGUGACUGUAUGUCCGCUUGCAGGUCUGAGGUUCACAAAGCUCAGUGUCUUAGCCCUUAAGAGACAGCGUAGCUCAGUGAGCUGGGAGGACUUUGGUACAGGCAUCCACAUGGUAAGCAUCUAUUGAGCACUUACUGUGCGCCCGGCAUAGCUUAUUAACUACCCACAAUGCUUUUCAAGGUAGUACUAUUAUGUCUAGCUUUCAGAUAAGAAAACUAAGGCCCAGCUGAGUCAAGUAACCCAGGAGCUGAAGUUGGAGUCUUGCAGCCCUCACCCCUCGCUGUAUGGCCUCCGUAUGCCGAGGUCAAGGAGGUUUGCUGGACACCGGAACGGCUGGUUGAGGGUCUGGGGUGGGGAAAGAAAGGCCACUCUGCAAGCAGGAGCCUCAUGUUUGGGAAGGAAGUCCCAGAAGUCCCCCGAGCCCCUUAGGAGACCGUUAAGGGGCACCGGUGGGGUCCAGAAUGAACUCCUCCCCUGGGCCAGGGGUCUGGGCAGGCCCAAAGCAGAGGCACCAAGAUGAAUGAGACAUGUCCCUCAGAGGUCCCUCGGUGUCCGGGGGCAGGGGGGCGGGGUCAGGCCACAGGCAAACCAAAAGAAACUCAGACUAGACAAACAGGUGCCAGGCAGCGUGUGGAGAGGUGUUGCCUCCUGUCCUCAGCACCAGGGUCCUGCGCGGGCCUGUCCACCCCAAGCUGGAAACAGUCCCUGGGGGAUCAUGUGGCUCUGUCUGGUACAGUAGGCCCCAUAGUAUCUGGGGCAGAAGUGCAGCUGGUGAUUUUAAACAGGUGAGAAGGGCCAAGUGUAGGCAGAGCACACAGUGGACCUUCACUUAGCAUGUGCUGCUUCCCCCGCUGCCUACUCAAGGCUGUGGCCAGAGGGGCCUGUCCUGGGGAACCUCACAUCACGGGGACUGGCCAGCACUCCCUACAGGGAGGCAGCUGAGGCUGCGGGGCUGAGAAGGAGGAGGGAGGGACUUGCCGCCCAGCCCUCUGGCAGGAUGGGGCAACUCCCUGACAGGUGCCUCCUGCCCAGCAUCCUCAUCUCUGGCUCACGUCCACAGGUUGUUGGCACUUCCUCCCUGGGUCAAGGUGUGCUCCCUGGGCUGUCUACAAGCCCAUGCUGCCCAAGGCAUCCAUAGCAAAUGCCGACCACGGUGCAGGGCACCCCUGUGUACAAUACCUGACCCGGGGCUUAAGAGGCGGGGUGUCUGUCUGCCCCUGUCUACCUUGAAGGAAACAUCACCGUCCUGUUCCAGAGGACAUGCGUGCAGAGACCCCGCGCCAGCCGCACAGCUGGAAUACUCGAGCUUAGGUUGAACCCCAGCUUGUGGCAGUGCCAGGCACGCCUGGGUGUGGGAGGCCAGCUUGGGCUGCGCUGGGCAAAGCAGGCUGCUCUUUCCCAGGGUGGGCAUGAAAGUGGUCACCAGAUCACCCUGACCUCACAGGGCAGGUUUGGGGGACGCGCACAUCCUCAUUUGGCCAAAUGACAUGGGACGGGGUAAGGUGAGGGCCAUGACAUUCACCGGGGAAGCCUCGUGAAGGCUGUGCAAGGAUUUGGGGACGUUUGCUGGCAAGAGGACUUGUGGGCCAGGGCCAGGGCACACAUGGGGCAAGAGUGCCCAUCUGGGCCAAGCCUGGCUGGUUCCCUAAGGAUGUGGGUGGCCUGGAAGGAAGCCCAGAUUCCAUGUCUUGACCAGGAGUGAGUGGAAGGGAUAGAACGUGCACUUAUUAGGCACCUCUGUUGUGUGUCCCCUGGGGUACCAGAGACAUGGGCAGGAGGCACAGAGAGUGGAGAGGAGGGUGGAGCAGCCCAGGGCAAGACAGGUGAUGGCAUACUGGGGGACCCCUCCACCUCACGCUCCCAGGAGUCCCGGAGGGAGAGUUGAAGCCAACUGAGCGCUCGUUGGCUUCUCCUCCACUGCAGAUGCUCGUGGUCCCUGGUGUCCCCGGGCCGCCGGGCGUGAGGGCUGCUGCUCCGAGCCGGGGCCGGGCUGUGAGGAGGAUGCCCCAGCCGCCCGCCAGCUCCUGCCUGCACCAUGAGUGAUGAGCGGCGGCUGCCUGGCAGUGCAGUGGGCUGGCUGGCAUGCGGAGGCCUCUCGCUGCUGGCCAACGCCUGGGGCAUCCUCAGCGUGGGCGCCAAGCAGAAGAAGUGGAAGCCCCUGGAGUUCCUGCUGUGCACGCUCGCGGCCACCCACAUGCUCAACGUGGCGGUGCCCAUCGCCACCUACGCCGUGGUCCAGCUGCGGCGGCAGCGCCCGGACUACGAGUGGAACGAGGGACUCUGCAAGGUCUUCGUCUCCACCUUCUACACCCUCACCCUGGCCACGUGCUUCUCCGUCACCUCCCUCUCCUACCACCGCAUGUGGAUGGUCCGCUGGCCUGUCAACUACCGGCUGAGCAAUGCCAAGAAGCAGGCGGUGCACACGGUCGUGGGCAUCUGGAUGGUGUCCUUCAUCCUGUCGGCCCUGCCCGCCGUCGGCUGGCAUGACACCAGGGAGCGCUUUUACGCCCGCGGCUGCCGCUUCAUCGCAGCUGAGAUCGGCCUGGGCUUUGGCGUCUGCUUCCUGCUGCUGGUGGGUGGCAGCGUGGCCAUGGGCGUGGUCUGCACGGCCAUCGCCCUGUUCCAGACGCUGGCCGGGCAGGCAGGGCGCCGGGCCGACCGCCGCGCCUUCACCGUGCCCACCAUCGUGGUGGAGGACGCACAGGGCAAGCGCCGCUCCUCCAUCGACGGCUCCGAGCCCGCCAAGACCUCGCUGCAGAUCACGGGCCUGGUGGCCACCAUCGUCGUCCUCUACGACUGCCUCAUGGGCUUCCCCGUGCUGGUGGUGAGCUUCAGCAGCCUGCGGGCAGACGCCUCAGCGCCCUGGAUGGCGCUGUGUGUGCUGUGGUGCUCGGUGACCCAGGCUCUCCUGCUGCCCAUGUUCCUCUGGGCCUGUGACCGCUACCGUGCCGACCUCAAGGCCGUCUGGGAGAAGUGUGUGGCCCUCAUGGCCAACGACGAGGAUUCGGAAGAUGGUGAGGAUACCAGCCUGGAGGUUGCCAUGCCCCGGGACUUGGUGCUGGAGCGCUCCCUCGACUACAGCUACGGGGGCGACUUCGUGGCCCUGGACCGGAUGGCCAGCUAUGAGCUCUCGGCGGAGGGCGGCCUGUCGCAGGUCUACCCGCUGCGGCCCCUGCAGGAGGACAAGAUGCAGUAUCUGCAGGUCCCGCCCACGCGACGCCUCUCGCACGACGAUGCGGACGUGUGGGCCGCCGUCCCGCUGCCCACCUUCCUGCCGCGCUGGGGCUCCGGCGAGGACUUGGCCACGCUGGUGUUGCCCGCCGGGCCGGACCGGCGUAUGGCUGGGAAGGGAUCCUGGCUUACGGCCUCACAGGUUCUAGGUCGAAGGCCUGGUUUCUGUGGCUCCUACCGAAUGGAGAUCUGGAGCAGGGCCAGCACAGAGCCCGCCUUCUCACUGAACCGCAGCAUUGCCUCUGCCCCUCUGCUGGCCAAGCCCUUCCCGCCCCCGAGCCUGGGUCCCAGCCCCAGCGGAGGCCGCUGA